AUUAUUUAAUCUCUUACCAUUGACUGACGCUGAUAUUGGAUUUGUUCACAACACAACCAAAAAAACAAACAAACAUGGAGCCUCAGAAUCCAGGGAAGGAGGAAGUAUCAAAGAAUGUGAAAGAUCUUGAUGACUGGCUUCCCAUCACCAAAUCAAGGAGUGCAAAGUGGUGGUACUCUGCUUUCCACAAUGUCACUGCCAUGGUUGGCGCUGGAGUCCUUGGUCUCCCUUAUGCCAUGUCUCAACUUGGAUGGGGUCCUGGUGUUGCUGUAAUGGUUUUGUCAUGGAUUAUCACUCUGUAUACCUUAUGGCAAAUGGUGGAAAUGCACGAGAUAGUACCUGGAAAGAGGUUUGACAGGUACCAUGAGUUGGGUCAGCAUGCUUUUGGUGAAAAGCUAGGCCUUUGGGUUGUGGUGCCCCAACAACUAAUGGUGGAAAUUGGUGUGAACAUAGUGUAUAUGAUCACUGGUGGGAACUCCCUGAAGAAGAUUCAUGAUAUAUCAUGCCCUGGAUGCAAAUCUAUCAAAACCACCUACUUCAUCAUGAUCUUUGCAUCAGUUCAAUUUGUUCUUUCCCACCUCCCCAGUUUCAAUUCAAUCACCGGUAUCUCUUUUGCCGCGGCUGCCAUGUCCUUGAGUUAUUCUACCAUUGCUUGGGUAGCUUCAGCUAACAAGGGUGUUCAACCAGAUGUGCAAUAUGGUCCAAGGGCUUCAACCACCACAGGAAGUGUGUUUAACUUCUUUUCUGCUUUGGGUGAUGUAGCUUUUGCCUAUGCUGGACAUAAUGUGGUCUUGGAGAUCCAAGCAACCAUACCUUCUACACCUGAGAAGCCCUCCAAGAAACCUAUGUGGAAAGGUGUAAUUGUGGCCUAUAUAGUGGUGGCCUUGUGUUAUUUCCCUGUUUCCAUGGUUGGUUAUAAGGUUUUUGGAAAGGAUGUUGAGGAUAACAUCCUGAUAUCGCUUGAGAAGCCCAGGUGGCUCAUUGCAACCGCUAACAUGUUCGUUGUUAUUCAUGUCAUUGGUAGUUACCAGAUUUUUGCAAUGCCAGUUUUUGACAUGAUAGAAGCAUUUUUCAUUAUGAAGAUGAAUUUCAAGCCGACUAAGUUCCUUCGUUUCCUAAUACGCAAUGGAUAUGUUGCACUUACCAUGUUCCUCGCAAUUACAUUCCCUUUCUUUGGUGGGCUCCUCAGUUUCUUUGGAGGAUUUGCUUUUGCUCCCACAACAUACUAUCUACCUUGCAUCAUGUGGUUGGCCAUUUGUAAACCAAAAAGGUUUAGCUUAUCUUGGUUCACAAAUUGGUUCUGCAUUAUAGUUGGGGUCACGUUGAUGAUCUUAGCCCCUAUUGGUGCUCUGAGGCAGAUCGUACUUCAAGCCAAGGAAUACAAAUUUUACUCUUGACUGCCUUUUUGGAAGGAUGGUACAAAAUACUUUGAUGUAACAAAUUGUAUGCUGUGCUUGUGAUGUGAUAUUGCAUGGCUAUUUGGUGGGUUUUCUUCAACCACCCACCCCCCAGAAUAAAAAAAAUUAAAAAAAAAUAAAUAAAGAGGAAGAAAAAUGUUUGAAUGUACAUAUGCUAAUUUAGAUUUUGUUGGUAGCUAGUGUGGUAAUCAAGAAGACUUUAUUGAUGUUGUGAACCAUUUGGUGUAGGAUUUUAGCAUAAAAAAGCUCAAUAUUUAAGAUUUGGGCAAGUUCUGGAUCCC